AGGAGUUAGGAUGCGGUAGAGCACAAUGCCACAUUAACUAUGGAAGUAAAACGUUCACCCAACUUUUCACUGCCGAAGCUGAAAAACCAAAAGCAGCAUUAUUCAAAAUAAAAAUCCAUCAAAAGAUGAAAUGGUUGUUCCUUCACAUGAUCACGUCCAAACCCAAAGAUGAAAGGAUUGAUGAACUCAAAAGAACGGUAAUGUUUGAUUCACCUUCAAUUUCAAUAUCGCAAUGCUCGUCAUCUUCGGCUCGGUAGGUUCACGCCAAAUGAGAUUUAUCUCAGUCCACACAGAAGAAUAUCCAUAUCACUAUCUUCCUUAUCUCCAACUGCAUCGCUGCAAAACCCUAAUCCUCUUUAGUCUCAGUCGCCCCGAUGGCUUCCUCCGCCUUCCACCUCUUCUCCUCACCCUACUCCCGCCUUUACCAUCCCCAUUCUUCACGCCAAAAGAUUCCUGCUGCCUCCUUGUCUGUCCCUCACUGCUCCUCUUCUUCUUCUUCCUCCAGUGCGAACUCUGAUCUUGACGUGAACUCAAACCCGACCGCUACCACCGAACCUAGCCCAUCCGAAGAGCUCCCGGAGAUCCCUCCGUACGCAAACACCUCCUUAGAGAUCGAGAAGCGAUGGAAAUCGGCGAUACUCCGCGAUUCCCGUCGGAGCUCCGCGCUACAGCGGCCGGAGCCGCCCAACUUCGAGAUCGGGUGGAAGCGGACCAAGGAGAUCAAGGUCGAGAAGCCCAAGGGGUGGGUCGUCGCGGACUUCCUCGACAAGCUGGAGACCUUGAUGGGCCGGGGGCAGUUCGGGUCCCCGGCGCUGCUGGCGAAGACCGGAGAGAUCGUGGCGGAGCGGGCUCGGGAGGAGGCGGAAGUGCUCCUCGCCGGAGGCGAGGUGGAGGACCGAAUGGUGACGGAGCUCAACCGCGUCCUGCGCCUCAUGGAGAUGGACCUGGCCAUGGUGCGCGCCGCCGUCAAGGAGGAGACGCUGGCGGAGCGGGUCGAGCAAGCCCGCGCCCGCUGCCGCCAGGCCAUCCUGGUGGCCCUUUCCUUCUGACACCGCCCUAUCGAGCACUCAGCUUCCCAACGCAAGCGAAGUGUUCGACGAAAUGCCAAGGUCAAAAGAUCACUGUCAUAUAAUAAUUGACUCGAUAGGGGCUUGUGCAUAACUCUCUGUAAAACAAAAUUUCCAGAAUUAUUGAACUCUUCUCGGUUCAAAAUCA